AUGACGUCGAGUUCAGUCUAUGCUGAUCUUGUUGAUCGACCACUAUUUGGUGAAACAAGAUCUCUAGAUCGAAUUUCAUUUAUCAUCAUUACUGCUCUUACAACUAUCUUUGUUCUGGCAACAUUUGUUGGCAUGUUUCUAUUUAAACACAUCAGCGGUACACAUAUUUUUUUAAAUAUCUGUCUUAUUCUUCUGCUUUGCUCGCAUUUAUGCUUAGCAUUUUGGUAUCGUUCAGGCGAAUUAGAACCACGUUUUCGCAAUAUGUUAUUUUUCAAUACAGCUGUCAUUGUUCUAUUAUGCAUUAGUGCGAAUCUUAUAAUAAGUGGAAGAUAA